AUGCCGCAAAUAAUAAAUGACAAGUCAAUUGCUGUUGAUUGUUUAUAUUCAAGUAAUAAUAGUACUAAUGCUACAUUAUUUCGACAAGCUACAAUAAAUGAAUGUAGAUUUGCACGAUUAGCUGGUUGCUUACUUAUUAUUAUUGCUACUAUAUCAUUUAUAAUCAAUAUAUGGUCAUUAUCUGCAGCUAGAAGAAAUCAUCGUUUUUCUCGUCGUGAUAUGGGUCUUGUUAUUGGGAUGUUUCUAUCAUCAUUAUGUGUUAUCAUUAUUAGUGUACCAUCCGUUGUUUUACAAUGUUUUCUUUGUCGUCGUUUAUGUAUAACAUUCAUUUGUCGUAUAGAAGGUUUUAAUUCAUUUUUCAAUGGUUGUCUUGCAAUGUAUAUGCUUGUUGCAUUAUCAAUUGUACGAUAUUCAACAACAGCUAAUUCAUCAUUAUCAACAAAUUUUCAACGUCAACUUGAACAACGAAGUGUACAUAUUCUUAUAAUUUGUUUUAUUCUUAGUGGUGUUUGGGCUGUACCACCCUUAUUUGGUCGUAUGAGUGCUUAUGCUCCUGAAGGACUUGGUUUUCAUUGUGGUCUUGAUUGGUUUGAUCGAUCAUUACCUGGUCGAAUUUAUUUUUUUCUUUUAUUUGUUGGUGUUUUCUUUAUACCAAUAAUAAUUGUUAUUUAUGUUAAUGUAUAUAUUCAACGUACUAUUUAUCGAUUAACACAUUUAAAACCAUCUAUUUUACUUGAACUUCAACCAAAUGAUAAUGAAGAACGUAUGCGUCGACAUGUUUCUGAUUCAUUAUAUGAUAAAGAAAAUCGACGUUUACAUCGUUUACAUGAAGAUCGUCGUUUUGUUGUAGCUACUGCCAUAAGUGUGGUCAUUUAUAUUAUUGCAUGGACACCAUAUAGUAUUGUGGCGGUUGCUCAAGUAUUUGGCGAUCGAUUUUUUCUAUAUAAUCCAUGGAUUAUGACAACCUGUGCAGUUUUAGCAAAAUUUUCAAUGAUUACAAAUCCAGUUAUUUAUGUAAUGAUUCUUAAAGGUCAUGAUAUUGUAUCACAUAUAAGAUAA